AUGGUCGAACUCGACCUGAAGACGCUUCGAAAGCAUAUUGUCACACCACCAACGAAGCAUGAGCAAGAGUAUUUGAUUGGAUUCCGUGGAAUACUUGUUAUCCAGUCCUUCCUAUGGAUGUUCCUACAGACCUUUGCACCGACCACGGUGUAUGCUUCAGCAAAUACUCAAGGCCCUCUUGGCCAGGAGAUUGUGCGAAAAGUCUUGUCAGUGCUGUUCUGGAAUGAGUACUUCCUAUACGGAUCGAUUAUCUUCCUAUCAGCACGUUCAAUUGCAAUUCCCUUCUUUCGGGAUCCAACAGCACCGGUCAUUGCACGUUCGCUUCUUACUCGCGCCUUACAAUUAUGCAUUCCGGUUGCGAUCUGUCUAGCAAUUGUAAAGGGGUCCAUGACUCCAGAAACUCUGGGCACAAUUUAUCAGUUCAAAACCUACAGCACGGACAAUCUUUCUAUGCCAAUGCCAAUUCAACUGCCUUCAACGUUGUCAUAUUGGAACUCAGUCUUCAACUUGUUCUGGACUACUCAUGGGUUCCGAUCACAGGCGGGCAAUUAUGCCUUUCCGACUCAAACGCUUUGGAUGAUUAAUGCUGUCUACAUCCAAAGUUACACGGUCUAUAUGAUUAUGGUGAUUGUGCCUCAUACUCGACCCAAAUGGAGAGUUCAGUUUGGCAUUUUGUUCGUCAUCGCUGCAUGGUGGUGCAACUCGUGGGCCUGGUAUACGGUAUCUGGACUACUCGUGUGUGAUAUGGUUAUGCACAUGGAUUUCAAACAAAACGCUUUGAUGGGUAUACCUAUCCAAUUCCGCGGUCUUGUCUGGCGAUCCAGCAAUGGCCAGCCUCGGCGUCUUCCCACAUGGGUUGUCGGCGGUUUAUUGCUUGUAGGCGGACUUCUCAUGCAGUACCUGUGGGCGGCUUAUCGACCAGACUUGUUCUAUUCCGAAUGGAGAAUCCAUUCAAAUCCUUACACUACGCCUGGUCUAGACCAAAAUUACAGGCUUGACCACAUCUCUGCAAGAGACGAUGUAUAUCUUACCAUCUUGGGCAUCUUUACACUCUUGGAGACAUAUGAUAUUCUGCAGCGGGCUCUGCAGAACAAGUUUCUGCUGUUCCUUGGUCGUCGAGCAUUGAGUUACUUCCUGAUUCAAUCUAUUCUUGCCUACAUUGUCGGCAUCCGGGUGUUCGAAAGUCUUCGAAAGCAGCAUGGAAUUUCCUCCGGAGGAUCAGUUGUGGUGACCCUCAUCACUUGCAUUGUGGUCACUGUACCUGCAGCUGAGCUGUUCCAUCGCCUGAUUGUUGUCCCGAGUCGGUAUUUCAGUCACAACUUUUACGAGUUUAUCACGUCCUGA